AUAUUUUAUGAAUUUAUCUUGGAGUAAUAAAUUGCGAUAGUGGAAUACAUUAAUAGGCUGUUAGUGACUACUUUCACUUAGUAUAAGAAAGGUUGAAGUAAGGUUAGAGAAUUGUGGAGUGUGUUAGUUGUUAUAUUUUGUUAGUUUUAUUGUAAGUUUGUUAAAUUUAAAGUAUAUAUAACAAAAACAAAACUGUCUACGCAAAAAUUCAAAAAGAAGGACAUAAAAACUCGAAUAUUUAUACUCUUAAAUAAGUAUAAAGAUAAUAGCAUUUGAUAGCAUUGACAGAUUUGGUUAAUUUGCCAUUCUAUUUUAUAUUUUAGUUUUGUAAAAAUAAUGAAUAAAUAUAAAAAUUCAAAAAAAAAAUGUAGUGUACAACAAGAAAAUAGUAAAACUAACAAUGUACAAGAAGGUUCACUUAAACAAAGUAUGAAGGUUGAUAUAGGAAAUAAUUCGCCUCAACAUUCUUAUGAUUCACGAGUUUGUGGUUAUAAUACACCAAUUGAAAAAAAGGAUUAUGUAAUAUAUGAUGUAGAAGAUUCUCCUGAAUUAUAUUAUCGGUGUAGUCCAACUUCAAUAUCUUGUACUCAAGAUGGAGGUAAUGAAAUUGCUUGGGAUUGGCAAACAUCUAGUACUAAAAAUUCUUGUGAUAAACAAACACCAUCAAACAGUCUCAUUGAAACACCAAAAAGAACCAAACAGUUGCAAAAGAAACGGAACUCUAAUUCUCCAUUACUACAAAAGCCACUUAAAAGGAAGCAGAUGAAAAUGGAAAAUAUAGAAAAUAUUGGAAAACUGACAGCAGAAUUGAAAGCUUUAAGCGAAAAGAUGAAAAGCAUGCAACAAAAUUGUGAUAAUCAUAAUAUUGAAAAUGAAGAUAAUACAAACUUUGAAACUAGCAGUACGCUAGUAAUAGAAUUGGAGAGCAAUAGUAGUGACGAUAUGAUAAUGGAUUGUAAACCAAAAAUGGAUUCUAUUGCUAUUAAUAGUAAUAACAAAAACCCUGCAAGUUAUGCAGAUUUAUUUGAUGAUUCAGUUGAUGAUUCAAUGGUAAAAUGUAGUCAAGAAAUUGAACAAAAAUUGAACUUAGGUAAAGAUAAAAAGAAUGAAAUAAUAGAAUUAUCUACAAUAAAUGAGAAAAACGAAUUGUCUUCUACACCUAAAAAGAAGACUUACUGUUUAAUCACAUCUAAUACCUCUAGUGAAUGCUCCGAAAGUUUUAAUAUCUCUAGAACUUCUUUAACUAGUACAAAUGGUCAUUUAAAAACAUAUUCAAAUAAUUCAAGUAAAACGAAUUCUACCAUAAAUGUUUCAACAUUUAAUUCCAAGAAUAUCAGGAAUAAUGUUACAAAUGUAUCGCAUGGAAAACAAACAUUGCAAGAUAAGAGUAUGUCAGAUUUUCCAGAUGAUUCCUUUGAUGACUGUUUAGCAACUUGCAUAGAAGAUGAUAAAUUAUUGUCUAGAUUAUCAGAAUAUGACUUUAAUCCUUCAAAUUCAGACCAUAAUACAAAUCACUCCAAAAAAGCAUUCAAACUUAUUUCUAAUCCAAUAAUUAAUAAAAAAAUGCCAAGUAAUUUUGCUACGAAAUUAGUAACCCCUAGUAAAAGUAAGCUUUUUACAGAUGAUUUAGUAGACGAAGUUGAGACUAUAACUGAUAAAAAAGUAAUACAAAAUUCUUUUCCUAGUAAAAAUUCCUUAGAAAACAGAAAAUUUUUUAAAACGAAAUGUUUAUCAGAUCUAUGUUCUUAUCAAAAUAAAAACGCAUCAAAAGUCCGUUCAUAUUUGACUUCAUCAGUAAGUACUUCAUCAUCAAUUGUAAAAGGUCAGAACCCAUAUAAAAAUAAUAAUAUUCCAUCGAUUAAUGGUAUGGAAAAUGCGCAUGAUAUUAACAGAUUAAACGAAAAAGAAGGUGGCAAUUGUAUUGUUAAAUACAAAUCUACUAGCAAUUUAUCUAGCAUGAAAGAGUCUCAGCCAGUACGAUGUACUCCAGAAGAAAUAGAAAGAAAACGGCUAGAGGCAAAGAUGAGACUCGAGGCAAAGAGAAAAUUACGACAUACGAAUAGGAGAUCAAUUGGUACUAUAUCAGAAAAUCCAGAGGAAAAGUCUGUAAAAAGGUGAAAGACUGGUAUUCUUUAAUUACAGGAACCAAUGAAAUUACCUCUCACUAUGUCGUAAUACCCUAUUGUUCUAUGUACAAUUAUUGUGCCUGUUGUUCAUUCCUCUGUGAUUCCAACUGCACCUAAAUAUAGAGCUAUUAAAUAAAAAAAGUUUUUUUUAAUACAGAAAGAUUUUUUAAAUAUUACCUAGUCGCAUUAAUAAUCUUAGGUUAUUCUUAAAGAAAUUAGUAUCACCCUGCGGAUAACACGGAUGGUAAAUAAUACUUGUCAUGUUAAAAUACUACGGGUAUGUUAAAAAAUAUAUUUAUUUGAUUGUAACAUAUAUUGUAAUGUGUACUAAUUUUACAGAAUAAGUUUAAGAACUCAGAAUAAAUGCCAAAUCGUUUUGUAAACCUGUU